CGAUCCAAAUUGGCUCCCAUUGUGAAGUGCGCGGUGGAGAAGUAAAGUGCGAAUUUGUAAUCUGUUGCGCGUUCAGAGCUAUUUCGACGUCUCGCGGUUCGGAGCGAAUUCGAAUAUCGGAUCGGAGGAACACUGUUUAUCAUCAUCUUCUUCGAACAAAAGGACAACGGAGUAGCAGGAGCAGCAUCCCACCGGUGAAUCCGCACAGGUGUUGAUUGGUGUGUCACGCGUUGGAAAGUGGGCUAAGUGACAUUCGACAGCCCCAAUGAAGAGUUGGUCCCUUUUUGUGACCAUCCUUGCGAUGGUCGAGGCGACGCUUGGGAAUCGUGAGCAUAAAGUCCACAACAUUGUGCUCUAUCCGGACAAGCACUCGUGGUGUUCGACGCGCAACAUAAGUCAGGUGAUUAGUUACCCCGGCUGCAAGCAAGUGACGAUCGAUAAUAACGUUUGUGUGGGCGCUUGCUUCAGCUAUUCGAUUCCACACACCGAACCGUCGGACCCAGGCGAAGUCAUCGGACCGUACUGUGAUAGUUGUCAACCGUCGGAGACAUCGUGGCACCACGUCACGCUAGACUGCUCGGAAAACUCCAACAACAACGGGGACGAGGAAGCCAAGCCGACGGUACUCGUGAAGCAGGUACAGAUCAUUAAAAACUGCUCGUGCACUUCCUGUGAGAAGCAAACGCACAAAAAGUACCACCAUCAUCACCACGAGCAUAAUCAUGUGACCCAGGUGCCAUCAACGACGUCAUCGCUCAUACAAAACGACAUUCCCGAACUGCUGGAAGUGGUUCCCUACAACGAGAACGAUACGGAAGUGAUCCACCACUCGCCGGUUCAUUCGCACCAGAGUGGAACCCACGGCACUACGUAUCUCCAGCAACAUCAGCUGAAUCACUACGAGCACCACAGUCACACGGAGAACGUGAAAAAGCUGCUCCACCAGAAAAUCGCAACUCUACUCAAAAGCGUUGAGACGACAAACUCCAAAACGGAUCGCGAGCAGCUGAUCGAAAUGAUCAAGCUUAUCAAGGGCUCCAGCGAUCGCAACUGGGACGAGUUGAUGGAAACGCUCAAGUCCGAGAGCAACAUGCUGGACUUCGAACGACUUCGGAACGAACUUGAGGCGGAAGGCAGUGACCAGAUCAGCGCACCACACCACCACAAACCAAAAACCCCCGAGCAGGAGGAUCACGAGCGACUGCUGAAGCAUCAGUUCGUGAUCGUCACACAGUCACCGCAUCCACAUCCUCCACCACAUCACAAUAACCAUAACCACCACCAACAUCAAGCGUCAUCGUCACCGCCAUCGUCCCAUCAUCACGCGGCUGGGGAAAAACUCGAUCAGCAUCAUCACCUCCAGCGGGGUCCCCACGGAGCGCUGAUCAUCGCGUCGGACGACGAGGAACUAUCCCGGAUGGACAACGGGCAUGAGAUCAAGCAAAAGAUCAACAUCCACUCGCACGAACUCAAGCCGAACCAUGCCGGGGCGAUUCUAACCUACGAUAACCACCACAGUGAGCAUCUGGGCGAGUCCGGCGCCCAUCAUCACGUGGCCUCCCAUCCGCACAGCGGAAAGGACCAAAUGUGAGCGGACGCGGGACGGAAUGGAAUAUACACCUACACAUACUGUUUUAGGUUUCUAGUCGUUAGUAACAUUUUCUUCUCUCCUCGACCUUCGGUUUCAAAAAUCGAAGCUAUGUUUUAGGUUCAAAUUAUGUCGCUUCCCGUGGUCCAACUUAAAAGUUUCUAUCGAAUAUGGGUACUUAUCGUAUUGAACCCUCCCAUUCCCUCAUCGUAUGGUUGAUUUAUUUGCCCCUAAGAUAUAAUAUUUAUUUUUUUUAUUUUCUGUUGGAAAGCUGGUCUGCACAGAAAUGGAUUGAGAUGAAAUAAUAAGAGGAUUGUUUUAUAAUUUUGUUUGUUUUCGCGUGGGUUUAGAAAAGGGCCCAACGCGCGUUUCAAAUUAAAUUACUCAUACACUUUUUAGAUCUAAAAUAAACCGGAAUAUGGUUAACAUAACUAAACGCCCCGUACGGAAAAUGAAAUGUGUUUCCA